AUGACCCGGCUGUACUACAGGGAGGCGUCAGCCUGCGUCAUCAUGUUCGAUGUCACCAACGUCAGCACGUUCAGCAACAGCCAGAAGUGGAAGCAGGAUCUGGACAGCAAGCUGCUGCUGCCGGACGGGAGCCCCGUGCCCUGCCUGCUGCUGGCGAACAAAUGCGACCUCUCCCCAUGGGCAUCCAUGAGAGUCCUGAUUGAGAAGAUGAUGUCCUCCUCCACUGGUGAUGGAAGUUCCUCUGCUGCCGGGAGUGGGGAUUACAUUAACAUACAGGAGACGUCCCCGCCAGGCUGGGCUUGCUGCUAG